AUGGCCGUAGGUCUCCUGUGGCUGGGCCUCACCCUACUGGGCGCCCUGCAGACCCAGGCCCAGGACUCUGCCCCAAACCUGAUCCCAGCCCCACCUCUGUCCAGGGUCCCGCUGCAGCCAAACUUCCAAGAUGACCAGUUCCAGGGGAAGUGGUAUGUCGUGGGCCUGGCGGGAAAUGCGCUUUCAGAGAAAGACAGAAGCGAGUUUAAGAUGUACACCACCAGCUACGAGCUGAAAGAAGACCACAGCUACAACGUCACCUCCACCCUGCUCAGGGACCAGGGCUGUUCCUACUUUGUCAGAACUUUUGUCCCAACUUCCCAGCCUGGCCAGUUCAGCCUGGGAAACAUUAAGGCCUACCCUGAAGUACAGAGCUACACUGUGCGAGUGGUGGCCACCAACUACAACCAGUUCGCCAUGGUGUUUUUCAAGAAGACCUUCAAAAACCAGGAUUACUUCAAGGUCACCCUCUAUGGGAGGACCAAGGAACUGCCGGCUCAACAGAAGAAGGACUUCAUCCAAUUCGUCAAGUCCCUGGGGCUCACCGACCACAACACCCUCUUCCCUGUCCCCAUUGACAAGUGCAUCGAUGAUGAAGAGUGAGCGUGG